AAAUUGUCGAUCUGUGUUUAGCACUCAGCUUCGCUUUCCUUCUGUUCUUCGCCACUCCAGCAGCGCUUUAGUCUCCAUGCACCAGCGGCUGUUUUAGCUCUAAUUACAGCGUUUAACUAGCUUUUUUUCUUUUUUCCUCGACGCGGCAGCUUUUGGAGCUUAUUGUUGUCAGUUUCUCGUUCAACCGCUUCCAAGUUGGGAAACAGAAAAUGGCGCGACGGAAUGCGGGUGUGAUUUUUCUUUUCGGAGUGCUGACGUGGAUUCUGCUGUUUCCCACGAUGGCCACCUCCCAAAGCACGCCCCCCUGCGCCAGCAGCACCAACUGCACCUACAACACCAACACCAACAUCACCUCCUCAGCCUCUGCUGACGCCACGGCCAACGCGAACGCCGGGACGGGCAGUAGCGGGGGAGACUCCUCGGGCUUCACCCUUUCCACGCCCGUGAUCAUCGGGAUUGCCGCGGGGGGAGCCGUUGUACUCCUUUUAGUGGUCAUCGCUAUUGGUCUCGCGGUGUGCCGGCCCCGCAAGACGGUGAUUCGCCGCGUGCACGCGCCGCCGCCACUGCCGGUUGUGUACAAAGGCGCACCGCCCCCCAUGAUUCCCUACCCUGGCGGGGGGAUGGCGUCAGGGCACUCGGGGGGCAGGCAGUCAAGCCAGGGCAACUCGUCUGGUUCGCUCGCGAAGCAGGCGCUGCUGCAGGUAUUCCGGGAAUACUCCCUAGGAGAGAUGGAGCAUGCUACGGGCAAUUGGGCAGAGGGCAGGCGCAUUGGCAGUGGCAGCUUUGGCGACGUGUAUAGGGGGUUCAACCCGUAUAACCCCGACGAAACCUGGGCGGUCAAGCGGUCGAGGAUAAUUACCCAGGACUUCCAGAGGGAGGUAAAAGAGAUGGCAUCAAAGCACCACCCGGCGCUGGUGCGGCUGCUGGGGUACUGCAUUGACUUCAACCAGGCCACGCAGAACAUGGAGCAGAUCCUGGUGUACGAGUUCGUUGACAACGGGGACCUGGAGAAGUGGCUCAGCCAAGACACGGCUCGCCCACUGACAGGAAAGGAGCGCGUGCAGCUGAUGAUAGGCGUGGCGGAGGGGCUGCAGUACCUGCACAGCUUUGGCAUCGUGCAUCGCGACAUCAAGCCCGCCAACAUCCUACUUGACUCCAAAAUGAAUGCCAAAGUGGCUGAUUUCGGGCUCGUGCGGUUGGGAGCAGGGACGUCAACUGCAGUGGCUUCUACAAGGGUGAUGGGAACCCCGGGCUAUGUGGACCCUGCUUACUACAAAUCACAGAAGGCCACUCCUGCUGCUGAUGUGCACAGCUUUGGUGUGGUGAUGCUCACAGUGCUCACGGCUCGCAGGGCGAUACACGGUGUAGGCGAUAAGCAGGUCAACAUCAAGGAUUGGGUUGCUCCUCUUGUCGAUGCCAGCAAUGCUGCAGCCUUCAAGGACCCUCUCUUGGAUGCACCCGACGAUCUAGUGCUCCGUCUCGCCCACCUCGCUAUCGACUGCACCAGGGUGCCUGUGGCCAAGCGGCCUUCCAUGGCCCGAGUCCUCGCUGAGUUAAUGGAUUUGCGGGAGCAUUUUUUCGGCCCGGAGACAGAUAAGGUGGUGGCGGGCAUUGAUAAGGAGAUCGACGAUUCUAAUAGCCUGGGGAGCUUGACUAUGGAGCUGAAAAAGGCGGAGCAGCUUGGGGCGGGUAGUGGAAGUGGAGGACUGUAAAGACUGGAGUAACUUUGAGCCCCAAAAAAACUUCAUACUAGAAUGGCUAGCUAAUAGGGAAGAACAAAUGACCAAUCCGAGUAGCUGUAGGUGCAUUCAGCCGCUUCAUCUGUUUUAUGAUCUAUAUGUCGGGUUUGUAAUA